CUCAUCACAUCACACACACACACAAGUGACACAUUUGUAUAUAACACCAUUUGAUACAUUAUGUUUGUGAGGGGUGUUCAAUCUUUGAAUCGGGUGGCGCGAUUGUCCACCGCCGGCAGGGGCAGUCAUUUUGCGUUUACGCGCUUUUUCUCAUCGAUGCCCCCAACGAAAGCCGACGGUCCUAAAUUGACAACAAUCGGAGAAGUAUUGACCGAUGGCAAGGAUCUCAGGCCCGGACAUUUCUUCAUUCACAAGGAACACGGCUAUCGCGCCGUAGUGCUGGAGGUGGUGCCCAGGGUGAUAGCGAACGACCAGUUCUGUGAAGACCACGGGAUCCCCGAGGAGCAUCGCAACCACCCAUAUUACAUAUGUUUAGCCGACUCCCGCGAUGUUGUACUGGAGGCGCCUCAUUUUUAUGUGUCAUCGAAGAUGGCGCUGGGGUACAACUCUUUGGAGCCACUGAUGAAUCCGCAGGCGAGUAUCCUGUUGAUGCCUUUGAUGAAUGGUGCCCAUGGUGUUCUGAGUAGGGCGUUUACAAACUGAAUAAAUAUGUUUAUCUUUUUUUCUCAUUCCAAGUGUAUGGGAUUACAACCAAG